CACACAUACCAGCAUCCAAUAACCUUGUUGAGUAGGUAGCUGUGACAGAACGUAAAUCUUAACCUCAAAUGCAACUCGACGUCACUUGGUGGACUCGAUGGGGGGAAAGCAUCGAUGCCCAAUUCAAGUUAGAUUAAAGAUUAGACCGCUCCCAACAGGAAGAUAAUGAGAAGGUGGCAACGUAUCGCGAUUGAAAUGUUCGAAAUUUAAUUCAAUAUGGAAAUGGCCGUGACAGAUUCAUCCUACUCGACACCCAAGUGGUGGAAAGAAGCCGUGGUCUACCAAAUUUAUCCGGCAAGCUUCCAGUGCCAGUCUGGUGUCACUUCGGGAUGGGGCACUAUCAAGGGCAUCACGUCGCGGCUCGACUACCUAAAGUCUUUAGGUAUCGACGUAGUUUGGUCUUCGCCAAUCCUCAAGUCGCCACAGGCUGAUAUGGGCUACGACAUUGCCGACUACAAGCAGAUUGACGAGCGAUAUGGAUCCCUAGAGGAUGUAGACGAAUUAAUCGCCGAGCUUAAGAAACGCGACAUGAAGCUUAUGAUGGAUUUAGUGGUGAACCACACUAGCAACGAGCACCCGUGGUUCCUCGAGAGCCGCGCAAGCCGCGAAAGCCCUAAGCGCAAUUGGUACAUUUGGAAAAAGCCGAAGAGCAUCGGUCAAGACGGUGUGCCGGAGCCGCCUAACAACUGGGCGCAGAUCCUAGGGGAAGCCAAUUCGGCGUGGACGUAUGAUGAAAAGACUGGAGAGUUCUACCUCAGUCUUUUCACGCCAGAACAGCCUGACCUCAACUGGGAGAACCCCGAAGUCCGAGCAGCGGUCUGGGAAGUGAUGCAUUUUUGGAUGAAACGAGGAGCAAGUGGGUUCCGGAUGGAUGUUAUCAACCUGAUCUCUAAAGAGCCAAAUUAUCCCGACGCCGAUAUCGUACUUGGUCCUGGCCAUAGAUAUCAGCCCGGGGUGAAGUAUUUCGUCAACGGACCGAAAUUACACGACUACCUACGAGAGAUGUACCGAGAGGUGUUGAGUAAAUACGAUACGAUUACUGUUGGUGAAAUGCCUGGGGUCAGCGACGAGAAGGAAAUUCUGCGAAGCGUCGGUGCUGACUCCGAGGAGUUGAGGAUGAUCUUCAUUUUCGAUCUGGUUGAUAUCGACAAGCCGGAUGUUAGGAUGGCCCUCAAGCCAUGGGAUAUUAAAGAGAUGAAGUCGAUCAUCACAAAAUGGCAACGUGUCAUGAUCCGCGAUAAUGGAUGGAACUCGGUGUUUAUCGAGAACCACGACAACCCGAGAUCCGUCUCACGAUACACUGACGACAGCGACGAAUGGCGCGAAAAGGGAGCUAAGCUUCUCGCGCUUAUGCAGACUACUCUCGGAGGUACGCUUUUCGUCUACCAGGGAGAAGAAAUUGGGAUUCGCAAUGCUCCUAAAACCUGGGACAUCUCCGAGUUCAAAGAUAUCGAGACCAUCAAUUACUGGAAGAAGUGCGAGCAGCUAUAUGCAAACGACAAAGAAAAAUUGGCCUUUGGCCGUAAAAUUAUCGACAUGAAGGCGCGCGACCAUGCUCGAACCCCGAUGCAAUGGACCGCCGGGGAAAAUGCCGGCUUUUGCGACCCGGGCACGAAGCCAUGGAUGAGAGUGAUGGAUGACUACCAGACGGUGAAUGUUGAGGCUCAGCUAAAGGCUGACAACCAAACCGACCUUUCAGUCUGGCAAUUCUGGCAGGGAGCGUUGAAACAGAGGAAAGAUCACGCUGACGUAUUCGUGUAUGGGGGCUUCCAAGAGCUCUACCCCGAUGAUCAGGAGGUCUUUGCUUAUGUUCGUACGAGCAUCAAAGGCGGCCGCUGGCUCGUUGUUCUUAACUUUUCCGGGAGGGAACUAGAGUGGGUGAUGCCUCAAGGAUUAGAGAUCGAGUCUUGGGUCUCGACUAACUACGCGAAGGGCGCUCCAGACAAACCGAAACAGUCAGGUGUGCCUUUGAAGUCCUGGGAGGGUAUAUUGGGACGAUGUGUCUAGGAGAUGCGGAGUAGAAGAUUGUAUCUUCCAUGUGGCAAUUCGCCUUGCCCUUUGAAUGUCAUAAGAAUGACACAUGAAUUACGGAAAUAAUGAACAGGCCCAUCUCGAAGACUGAGGUAUUUUGUU